GCUUCAGAGAUUGCCGUGUAUGCUUCCCGCUCUCGUGCUGAUCGCUUCCCUGUCUGCUGCUGAACCUGCCUGCCUUUGCCUGAGCUCCAGUUACCCUCUGUUUUUUUCUGGAGCCAGGACGCUCGGUAUCAUGGCUCAGGCCGUUCAGAAACUCGUUGCUAAAGUACCUACCUUAAUAGGUGCCGCUGUCACAUUCUCCAAACCCAGACUCGCGACCUUCUGGCACUAUGCCCGCGUGGAGCUGGUCCCACCUUCACCUGCUGAGAUCCCCAAAGCCAUAGAGGCUGCAUCGGGCCUGAUCAAGAGCUUUCAGGCAGGACGUUUCAAACAAACCACAGUCAAGGAUGCCUUUAGGAACGGACUGGUGACUACUGAGAUUCUGAUGUGGUUCUACAUCGGAGAGUGCAUUGGCAAAGGCGGCAUAAUUGGAUACGAUGUCUGAAUGUUGAGCUGUUCUUCUUCUGCACUUACAACUGUCACAUUCUCAACAACCUGCACUAAAAUAAAUAGAUGUCUUAAGUCUGAUAAAACAUA